GCAGCCACUGGGCACAGUGUGUAAAAGUUUGCAUCUCCCCACUAUAAUAUAAUGGAUUCAUGAGAAAAGAACACAUUGAUUGCCAUCUGAGAAUUCAUGACAGAUUGUAAGGAUAAUGGAAGAGAUUCCAGUGAAAGUAGCGGUGAGAAUCCGUCCUCUGCUGUCCAAAGAAAUCCUUCAUAACCAUCAAGUGUGUGUAAGGCUUGUCCCAAACACACAGCAGAUCAUUAUUGGUAAAGACCGUGUAUUCACAUUUGACUUUGUGUUUGGGAAGAAUUCUGCCCAAGAUGAUGUUUAUAGAUCAUGCAUUCAACCACUUCUGGUGUCGCUGAUUGAAGGAUACAAUGCCACUGUCUUUGCCUAUGGGCAGACUGGCUCUGGCAAGACAUACACUAUUGGAGGAGGGAAUGUUGCUUCUGUGGCUGAAGAAGAUAAAGGUAUCAUCCCCCAUGCCGUUGAAGAGCUUUUCCAGAAAAUUUCAGAACAUCACAAUGUGGAUUUGAUUAUUAAAGUUUCCUACAUAGAGGUUUACAAGGAGGAACUACGGGACCUACUGGAACUGGAGACCAACAUGAAAGACAUUCAUAUCAGAGAAGAUGAAAAGGGGAACACAGUUAUUGUUGGUGCCAAGGAAUGCCAAGUGAAAAGUGCAGAUGAAGUAAUGAGUUUACUAGAAGCUGGCAGUGCUGCCCGUCAUACUUGCACCACUCAGAUGAAUGAACACUCUAGCCGCUCCCAUGCCAUAUUCACGAUUAACAUAUGUCAGCAAAGGGCCAUAAGUGAUGACAAUACUAACAAUGAUUCUGCAAAGUCAUUGCAGAUGAUUACUUCAAAGUUUCACUUUGUUGACCUAGCAGGCUCUGAAAGAGUGACAAAAACCGGAAACACCGGAGAAAGGUUUAAGGAGUCCAUUCAAAUAAAUAGUGGAUUGUUGGCCUUGGGAAAUGUAAUAAGUGCCCUUGCAGAUCCCAAAAGAAAAAGUACACAUGUACCAUACAGGGAUGCUAAAAUCACUCGUAUUCUCAAAGACUCCUUGGGAGGCAAUGCCAAAACAGUAAUGAUUACAUGUAUUAGUCCCUCUUCUUCUAACUUUGAUGAGUCUUUGAACUCCCUUAAGUAUGCCAACCGAGCCAGAAAUAUAAAGAACAAACCAAUUGUAAAUUAUAACCCAGAAUGGGACAGAAUUGAUGAAAUGGAGUUGGAAAUCAAAGCAUUGCGUGAAGCUUUGCAAAAUCAACAGAGCAGCAGAGUAAGCCGAACCAGCCAAGUAUCUCAAGAAUGGAGCCAAGAUAAAGACAAGAAAAGUGCUCUCGAAGAGCAGAUUGUUCAGUUUCAAAUACAGUGUUUCAACUACCGUCAUUGUACUGAGGAAGCUUUGGAAUUAUUCCUUGAUAUAAAGGAUGCAUCUGUCUUUACACAAACCCAUAAAAAUAGGCUUCAGAGCUGGCUCAAUAUGACUGAGGGUAUGAAAAAUGAAUUGGCAGCCGUACCAAGAAAAGAUUCCACCAUCAGUGCUAGCAGGGAAGAACCACAUCACAUCACCAUCUUUCAGUUAAAAAGAGAACUGAGAAAAUGCCAGGAAGCCCUGACAACAGAUGAAGAUGUAUUUGCUAGAAAAGAACAAGAACUAAAAGAAUUACAAGAGAAAAUACAAUCACUGUUGGAAGAAAAUCAGGAGAAUCAAAAAUAUAUAGAAGAACUGAAACACACCAAAAAUUUGCAGACUGAAAAGCUUGUGGAACAUCAACUUCUUAUUAAUGAGCUGAAAAAUAAAUUGUCGUAUAACCAACCUUCUCAUAAUGGUAGCAAAGAGGAUGACGAAGAUGAUAUAUUGUCUAAAAGACCCUACAGUGUACCCCUCCACAACCAUUCUCACAUGCUGUCAUCAAGUUUAGAGCCUUCUGCCCAAGCAGAACCAAGAAAGGUGCGAACCAGCCCUCCUUCGUACUCUCUAGAGCGAGUGAUGGUAGGAUUUCGAACCCACAGCCAGAUGCUUCUGGAUUUAAUAGAAGAAAAUGAUGAAGUUUUGCAUGAAAAGUUCUCAGAUCAGAGUGAUGAAGAAGACAAAGAAGUGAAGCAAAGCAGAAAGAAAACUCAAUUUAGGCGUUCCAUUAAUCGGACAUGGACACGAAGUCAGGCUCCACAGAGUGCAGAGACAAAUAGUAGUAGGAACCAAGCACAGGCAAAUAUGAUCUUUUCACAAAGUGAAGAUACCUCAAAUGACAACACUUCCGAUACAGCCAUUGUAUCUCUUCAUGAAAGUCAAGUGCUAAAUAUAAAGAAAUUGAAGAAUUCUGAACUUCGGCUCGCAGAUGGAAAGCAGAAGAUGAGGGAGCUUACAAUCAAUAUCAAGAUGAAAGAGGAGCUUAUUAAAGAGCUAAUGAAGACCGGUAAUGAUGCCCAGUCAAUAAAUGGGCAGUAUGCCAUGAAAAUAUCACAACUGGAACAAGAAGCACACCAAGCAAAAGCAGACCUGGCUGAAGCGCAGAGACAGCUGCAGGAGAUGGAGAACAAAGAAUUGAGGGACAUAGCACAGAAAGCAAAGCUACAGAAAGAUUUCCGUAAGAAAAUGGAAGCGGCAAAACUCAAAGUGCAGGUACUGCAGAAAAAACAGCAAGAUACCAAGAAGCUUGCAUCAAUCUCCAUACAGAAUGAGAAGCGUGUGACAGACGUGGAACAAAAUAUUGGUCACAUGCGACAACAAUAUACCCAACUGCAAAGAAAGUUGAAAGAGGAAAGUGAGAAAAAGAAAAAAUUGGAGUUAGCAGUCCAGAAGGACCAGCAAUAUAUUAAGGAGCUCCAACUAAAGACUGAGCAGCAACAAAAGAUGCUGAAACAUAAAAAUGAAGAGAUUGCGUUCAUUAGAAGGAGGAAGAGUAGUUCCAGCAUGCCUGAUCAGCUCCAACUAAAAUUAGAAGAACAAAGGAAGUGGCUGGAUGAAGAGGUUGAGAAGGUCUUGAAAGAGCGACAAGCACUGAAUGAAUUGAAUGAAGAAUUAAAGAAAAAAGAAGAAAGCAUUGCUAAGAAGGAAUUACUUCUACAGGAGAAAAGUCAUCUAGAGAUUAAAAAGCUUAGAUCAAGCCAGGCUUUAAACAGUGACCUGUUAAAGCUAUCUAACCGUUUGAGUGUUGUGGAGAGUGAGCUAACUGACAAAAGCAAAAAAUUGAACAUUGGUGACAACGAGGAGCAAAGGAAAGUGUCUAUGGAGGUCAAACUAUUACAGAAGGAGAGAGAUCAUCUCCUACAGAGAAGAGACAGCCUAGAUGAGAAGCUGAAAAAUGGAAGAGUGCUCUCACCAGAGGAAGAACACACUCUGUUCCAGCUGGAGGAGGGUAUAGAUGCUCUUGAGGCUGCCAUUGAUUACAAGAAUGAAUGCAUUCAGAGACGGCAGCAAUCUGUGAAAGACUCCACUCAGAUACUUACACAGAGUGAAGCCAACAUCCUUGAUAAAUUCAGUUCACUCUCCGUGACUGAAACUAGAUCUAUCUUUGUCAGAUACUUCAACAAGGUUGUGAGUCUGCGUGAGUCUGAGCGUAAACUUCAGCUGCAAUCACAAGAGUUAUCAAUGAAAGUAGCAGAGCUGGAGAAUAUAGUAAGAGAGUUGGAGUCUGCCUUGGACCAUUUUACUCUGCAAAGUGACCGACAACUGACCCAGCAACAAAAGGAGUAUGAACAAAAGAUGCAACUGCUGUUACAGCACUUUAAAGAAAAAGAUGCUGGGGCAGUUACAGGAAACAUAAAGGCCUAUGAAGCAAAAAUUGAGGAACUUGAAAAAGAGCUCUUCUUCUAUAAGAAAACCAGUCGAGAAUUUAAAAAGAAGCUGCGAGAAGUUGUUGGAGACACAAACAUGGCUGUUUCCAAAAACAGCAGUACUGGAGAUGAUCUACAAAGACAGAAUGAAAUAGAACCAGCUGCCUAUAAACUACAGUUGACAUCUCAACCUGCGAGCAGCAAGCCAAACAAAAAAGCAAAAGAAACUUCAAACUCUGUGCCAAAUUCUAGACAGCGGCAGAUUGCUUACAGGGCUGGUGGGGGUAUUUCUGAAAGUGAUGAACAGCCUUUAGAAUCUCGCAGGCAACCUAGAAGGCACUUGUCCAGUGGAGAUGAUGGUGAUGAUAUAGAGGAAACAGAUGGUGCAUUACAGACUAAAAUUAUGUCUUCAAUAUCAAAAGUUGGGCCUAUCCAAACCCAACUUGGUGUGACCCCAAUCAAGAUAUCCUAUCAAGAGGUACGGCAGAUAUCUCUAUCAGAACUAUCAGCACGACGAUCCAGCAUCGGCUCCAUUCCUGCAGAUUCAAUUGAAAUGUAACAAAAGUCAUAAGACGUCAAGGUUUAG